AUGGCCUCAACAACCCGGGGUCACCCCUACGACACUCCGCAAAUAGAGGAUGACGACCUCAUUGACCCCGAUGACGACAAAGCUAACCCGCCGCCUCCCCCAAUCCCAGUCGACCUCAACGACUUCGACGACCCGCUCUCGCACGCGCAGUCGCAGCGCGAGCCGCUGACGGGCAACAUCGGGUCCUCCUCUUCCUCAUCCCGCCCGCUCAACGAGAGCUACCUAACCUCCCGUAUCCCGGGCGACGACCGGCGCGCGCCGCAGAACACGAUCGACGAGUCGGUGUGGGAGACGCUGCGGCGCGAUCUGCUGGCCGUGUGGUCCAAGAUGCGCGAGGUGCUGUGGCCGCGGUACCUGUUCGGGGGCACCAUGUUCGAGAGCGCCGACGGCCUGCGGGGCGCCUACGCCAACCUGCGCGGCGCGGGUCUCGCCGGUGCCCGAGACGAAUUACAGAGCCUCGCCGGCCGCGUAAUGGACCCGGAGUCCCUGCUCAGCCAGAACACCAUGACGCCCGGCCUGCGCGACUGGGACCUGUGGGGCCCACUGAUCUUCUGCCUGCUGCUGAGUCUGCUGUUGAGCUUCUGCGCCCUGCCGGACCAGAAGGACGUCGUGUUCAGUGGUGUCUUUGCCAUGGUGUGGAUUGGGGAGGCGGUUGUUACCUUGCAGAUCAAGUUGCUGGGUGGGAAUAUAUCGUUUGCACAGAGCGUGUGUAUCAUCGGCUACACCCUCUUCCCCCUCGUCAUCGCGUCCGCCAUGUCCGCCUUGGGCCUUCCCGUGAUCCCGCGAAUCCCCGUCUACCUCGUGCUGGUGGCGUGGUCGAUGGCCGCUGGUGUUAGUAUUCUGGGCGGCAGCGGUGUCGUCAAGAACCGCGUCGGCAUCGCCGUGUAUCCUCUAUUUGUUUUCUACCUCGGGCUGGGCUGUCUGUGCUUCAUCAGCUAG